CCUCCUCCCCCGAGCCGCCCGGGGAGCGCGCGCAGCCCGGCGCAGAGCCCGAGUCGCGAGCGGAUGCGGCCCGCGCUGGACGCCAGCGGGGCAUAUCGGAUCCGCCUGGGUCGGAGGAGGUUCGGCGGUCGGGGAUGAGGGUGACCCUACCCAAAGAAGACGGCCUGGGUCCCGAGUGCCGCUCCCGGGUUGAGUGCCUGCAGCUGCUGAGAAGCCCCACAGCCCACAGCCCCAUGGAGAAAGGACUCGCUGUGCCCCAGGACCACCGGGACUUUGUGCACAGCCUGAGGAUGAGGAGCAAAUAUGCCCUUUUCCUGGCUUUCGUGGUGGUAGUUUUUGUCUUCAUUGAAAAGGAGAAUAAAAUCAUAUCGAGGGUCUCAGACAAGCUGAAGCAGAUCCCCCAGUCCCUGGCAGAUGCCAACAGCACCGACCCAGCCCUGAUCCUGGCCGAGAACGCGUCCCUCGUGUCCCUGAGCGAGCUUGAUUCCGCCUUCUCGCAGCUGCAGAGCCGCCUGCACAACCUCAGCCUGCAGCUGGGGGUGGAGCCCCAGGGAGAGGCGCAGGCGCAGGCGCAAGAGGCGCUGGAGGAGCCAUUCCUGCGGUUCUCGGCCCAGCCCCGGCAGCGACGCCACGUGCUGCUCAUGGCCACCACCCGCACGGGCUCCUCGUUCGUGGGCGAGUUCUUCAACCAGCAGGGCAACAUCUUCUACCUCUUUGAGCCGCUGUGGCACAUCGAGCGCACGGUGUCCUUCGAGCCGGGUGGAGCCAGCGCGGCAGCCUCCGCCCUGGUAUACCGGGACGUGCUGCAGCAGCUGUUCCUGUGCGACCUGUACGUGCUGGAGCCUUUCAUCAGCCCGCCGCCCGAGGCCCACCUAACCCAGUUCAUGUUCCGCCGGGGCUCCAGCCGCUCGCUGUGUGAGGACCCGGUGUGCACGCCCUUUGUCAAGAAAGUCUCCGAGAAGUACCGCUGCAAGGACCGCCGCUGCGGGCCCCUCAACGUGACACUGGCCGCCGAGGCCUGUCGCCGCAAGGACCACAUGGCCCUCAAGGCCGUGCGCAUCCGGCAGCUGGAAUUCCUGCAGCCCCUGGCCGAGGACCCCCGGCUGGACCUGCGCGUUAUCCAGCUGGUGCGCGACCCCCGAGCCGUGCUGGCCUCGCGCAUGGUGGCCUUCGCUGGCAAGUACGAGACCUGGAAGAAGUGGCUGGCGGAGGGGCAGGACCGACUGCGGGAGGAGGAGGUGCAGCGGCUGCGGGGCAACUGCGAGAGCAUCCGUCUGUCUGCCGAGCUGGGCUUGCGCCAGCCGGCCUGGCUGCGCGGCCGCUACAUGCUGGUGCGCUACGAGGACGUGGCGCUCAGGCCGCUGCAGAAGGCACGCGAGAUGUACCGCUUCGCAGGCAUCCCCCUGACCCCGCAGGUUGAGGACUGGAUCCAGAAGAACACCCAGGCAGCCCGCGACGGCAGCGACGUCUACUCCACGCAGAAGAACUCGUCGGAGCAGUUCGAGAAGUGGCGCUUCAGCAUCCCCUUCAAGCUGGCGCAGGUGGUUCAGGCUGCCUGCGCGCCUACCAUGCGCCUCUUCGGCUACAAGCUCGCCAGGGACGCCGCCUCCCUCACCAACCGCUCCCUCAGCCUGCUGGAGGAGCAGGGCACCUUCUGGGUCACGUAGGGUGCCUGGGCCCCCGCGUGCCCCUCCUUGUAAAAGGCCUGCCCUGCCUUCCUUGCACCCAGGCCAGUAGGAGACACAGCCUUGACAGAGGACAGUGGGUGGUAGCAGCCGCCCCCAAAGCGGGCAGCCAGCCCCUCCUGUAGCCUUCAGCUCCCAGCCACCAACUUCCCCGGGCAGCGUGUGCCCUGGGGUUUCUUGCCAAACAGGGGCCCUGUCCCCUUGAGGGCCACCCAGAUCUAAGGGCCUCUGGUCUCCCCAGCAGGACCAGGCAGGCUCUGUCCCAUUAACAAGCUGCAUCCUGAUCCUGCGCUCUCUCUCUCUCUCUCUCUCUCUCUCUCUCUCUCUC